CCUUUCUCAGCUUUUCUGAACUUAGCAUGGUGCCAGGAAAAGUUGGGUGCCAUACCGGUAGUGGCGGAGGGGAGAUAAGAAAGUAAUCUUUAGGGCUUGCUCCAGAAUUAAGCAAAAAGGCCGCCAUGGAGCCCCACGUUGCAGAAACAAGCGGUGCCUCUGAGCUUGAGCAUGUACACGCCAAUCACAUCGGAAGGAUGGUCGACCCGAGCGCGGUCGCAAAGCUGAAGGCAAAUAUUGAAAAGAUAAACAGUGCGGCGAGCAUUAGUCGCAAGUACGAGCAACUGCAAAUGAACGGUGCUGAUCAUCUCAAUGAGCACGUAGAAAAGCCAGUCAAAGAGGGCAGGGUAGCUUCUUACAAUGACCUGACCAGAAGGCAUGAGUGCGAUUGUGAGGUGGAGCUUUCCGACAGAGAGAUUCAUCUCAGAGCAUUGCGGCGCUUUGUGUUGGCUGCGAUCAAGGGCUUUGUUAUUGGGGCGGGGUUGAAAGGGGGCCUUGCCCUUUUUGGAGUCCUUGCAAAACUGCAAAAGCGGUUGAGACGCAGGCAAAAACUAGAAAAGGGAGAUUUGCGGACGGGCCUCGAACUCGGGCACGCCAUCCAAAGCACCUGGCGGUACGGACUAUUCUUGGGGUCGUUUGCCGGGGGCUUUACUGCGGUCGACGAAAUAGUGGCGUACAUAUGGGGGCAUAAAAGGACUGCCAGGUGGCGCGCGCUCAUUGGCGGAGCGCUGGCGGGCCCCGCGCUGUUGCUCACGGGCAGCAAAGAGCGGCACACGAGCAUGGCGAUUUACAUUCUGGUGCGGGCGGCGGUCCUGACAGUGCGGUGCGGCCUCAAGAGCCGGCGCUUCGGGUGGCUGUUCACACCGUUCGGCUGGCGGCAUGGGGACGCGUUCCUCAUGUGCCUGAGCUCUCUGCAGAUUCUGUCCGCCUGGAUCCUGUACCCCUCCACGCUCCCCCGCUCCUACGUCAACUUCCUCAACAAGCACGGCGGCAAAGACGUCUCCAUCAUCGAAAACAUCCGCGACCUAGCGCACCGCCGGACCCCCCUGCGAAACCUCGACGCAGUGCGGCGUGCAUACGCCUCCGCGGGCCGGGGUGACGUCAGCCUUGACGCCAGCAUGGCCGUCCCGUGCUCGAUGUUGCACCCAGGGCAGGCGUGCGGGCCGCACGUUCUGCGGUUCCUGUGGGGCGCAUACAGACGCGCGCUGCCGGUCUACAUCCCGGUGUAUUUGAUCCCCGCACUAGUUGUGCACCGCCAGAACCUCUUCAGAAAGCCGUUGCCCAUUUUGUCCAAGGUCGCCUUGGGAACCGCCCGCUCGAGCCUCUUCCUCUCGUGUUUCUGUGCGGGAGCCUGGUUGUUUACGUGUACAAUUCAUCAAGCCGCCGGCUGGUGUGGACCCAGUACUCUGAGAGCUGGCGCAUUUCCGGCGGGCCUGGCGGUGCUUCUCGAGAAGAAGAGCCGGCGGAUGGAGCUCGCGCUGUACUGCGUCGCGCGUGCGCUCGAGAGCUUCGCGCUGUGCCUCGCGGAGUGGGGCUGCGUCCCGCGCGCGCAGAUCCCGAAGCGCCUCGACGUCAUGCUCUUCAGCCUGGCCACAGCCGUCAUCAUGCACUGCUACGCGCAGGAACGUGACGUCUUCCGGUCCAAGUAUCUGAACGUCCUCGACUUCGUGUUCGGGAUCCCGGGCGUCAUCAACUCGUGCGGUGCGUCCGACUGUCCGGUGGCCAAAGACGCCACGUCAACUGCGAAGGCGCCACCUAGCAGCUCGGCCGACCACUGAAACCUUGUAUAAGAUGACAGGCGAUUAUCAUCGUCCAACUUAGGUCUCGGACGUCAAAUUAGGUGACGUCGACUAGUUUUAAGUGCACGCGAAACGAUUGGCCGAAGUACAUAGAACAUAGCGGAAUGGAGCAGUGAGUUGGGUACAAGGAUUCUCCAUGAUCAUCCGCUGGGUUGUUAUAUGGCGACCUAGCUGCGCUGGCCGUGUUGCAAUCUGUACAAACGUAGUAAAGUAGACAUGGUACCAGUGCUGCGGUGUCCAUGGUGGAGCAUUCUCUGCCAAUAUGGGACCGUUUUAUAGCGAGACAGCUUGUGUUUUUAGUAACAGAGAUCAUCGGUCACGCUUGAAAGGGAAUUUGCAGAAGGGUCAUGCAGUGCCAUCCUCUGUCAUUCAUCUGGGACAGUAUGGUCUGUGUGGCACUGACGAGGGUUGCCCAUGAGGCUAUUGAGAUCCUCGAUUAAUUGGACCUUCAACUUUCCAAAGUUGAGCAUGG